GUCUCUGGACAAUUUGCGGUCGACCGACAUUGUCACCGCGGUCGACCGCCUAUCGGGUUUUGGGUCUGGGUUAGUUUCCAGAUUCGGUUUUCUUGUGAGUUGUAUAUAAACCCCAAACUCGAUUUUAGGGUUAAGCUUUGGAGGUUUUGAGCUGCUGAAGGGGAUUUUCUAAGGCUUCUUUUUGUUGGAGUCUAUUGGAGAGGUCAAGUGAUCUUGUUUGAGGGUUUUGGGUAAGAUUUGUAACCCUAACUUGUAUUCCCCUUGAUUUCUAUUAGUGAAACUCCCCACUCCUUGCCCCGUGGACAUAGGCACAUUGCCAAACCACGUAUAUCUUGUGUUCUUGCUGUUAUUGGUUGGCUUGUGUUCAUUUGUGGUCUACUAUUGUUCUUGUGUGUGCUAUUGUAUUGUCGAUUUGGGCUUUCGCGGCGCACAACAUCAUCAUCACCAUCCGCAUCCCGUGCUCCAUUGUGACCUGAAGCCAAGCAAUAUCUUGUUGGAUGAAGAAAUGACGGCACAUCUUGGUGACUUUGGCAUCGCGAAAUUGCUGCUUGGUGAUAGGUCUAUAGUAUCGGCCAGCAUGGCAGGCACCAUAGGCUAUAUUGCUCCAGCAUAUGGCUCUAUGGGAACAGUCUCCAAAAUGGGUGAUGUCUAUAGCUUGGGAAUCCUUUUGUUGGAAAUAAUCACUGGAAAAAAGCCGACUGACCCACUGUUCAAUGGAGAAUCAAGUUUGAGAGAGUGGAUACAUGAAGCAUACCCGGCUUCAUUGUUGGAUGUUGUGGAUCAAAGUCUUUUAAAAGACGAUCUUAAUGCUGAGCAACGAUCAGAAGUAUCUGCCAUAAGCAAAUGUCUGUCAUCUAUUAUUGAGUUGGGUUUGAAUUGUUCAGCUUCAUCGCCUAUGGAAAGAAUUCCGAUGACAACUGUGGUUCCCAAACUGCAGAAGAUAAAACGGGAAUACAUGUCACAACUCCCCUCCUCAAAUGUGUAUAUAAGAUAUGUAUCUCUGGAGCACUAA